AUGGACGAGACUACUUUGAUUGGGGACAGCUCCCCCGUUGCUGGGAAGGGUGCCAGUGCUGCAGUAGCUAAAGUGAGGACACCGUUUCGGAGUCCACUUGCGAGGAGGAAAGGUGCUGGAUCAAGUGAUGCCGUUGGGAGGGUCUCCAAGAGGGUCCCCCCGCCGGAUGGGUCCAGUAUAGAGAGCGCUGUGUUGUACAAGGAGGUAGGAAAGCUGGUCGCUGAGUUGGACAGACAAACGGCUGCGUACUCACGGAAGACGAAGGAGUUGCAAGACGCGAUCAAAGUCAUGGAGAGUCCCGAGGUGGAGGCUGAGACGCGAGCGCUGAUUGAUAAAUGGAGGGCUAUCGCCCAGGGUGCUGUGUCGUAUCUGCUGAACAGCGUGCUGGGCAAGAUCGACAGGCUGGGUGGAUACGAGGAGUUUAGGCGGAAAGAACUUGAGAGGGAGAAGCGGCAGCUGGAGUACCGGCUGGACAACGGGUUCGAGGACGAGAUGGAGAGCGUGCUCGAGUCAGAGGAGUUUAACGGGCUCCCCGAGGACCUCAAAGAAGAGUACAGGGAGACACUGGACGGCAAGAAGAGCGAGUUCGAGCAGUAUAAAACGAAACAGUUUGCUCAAUUGGACGCACAGCUCGACCAAGUGUCUAAGUCCUCGCAGCAAAUGGACAUGAGAGAGAUGUGCAAGAGGUUGAAUGUGGACUAUUCGCUGGUCUUCGAUGCCCCGGCCGAGCAGUAG